AUGCUCACUUCAAGCAAUCAGUAUUUACGGCCGGAUUAUUUGUCGCCGUUACCCACAACGCUCGACGCGAAAAAGAGCCCGUUGGCGCUACUGGCGCAGACCUGCAGUGCGAUUGGAGCUGACACACCGAACCCCAAGCUCAUCUCCGCUGCGGAAAAAGCUAGCAAGAAAUACGACGACAAACCAAUGCAUGUGGAUAACAAACCCAGUUUCAAGCCUUAUGAAUCGUGCCUAACGAGAGAAAAGACUAGGACGCCGGAGGACAGAGCCUCUUCAGUGAACGCUCACUCCAAAACGCCGUCUUCAAAAGGAAGUGCUUCGACUACACCAGUUCAAGCCAGAUGUAAUAGCAACCAAAGCUCAUCCUCUCAAAGGACGUCGCCUUCGGGUCACCGUAAAACGCCUUCGGAAAAAUCGGAUGAAAGGAACAGUCCUCUACAUUCACCUGCUCAAACCAAAUCAAAUUCUGAUUCAAGUAAUUCAUCAUCCAAGUUACCAUACCCAAGUGCAUUACCGUCCGCCGAUACCAAAGAACCAUCCAGUUUCAAGCCCAGCGUACCUGUUUCUUCAUCAGGGUUUCUUGGUGGAUUACCCCCGACUGGAUUUCCACUUCAUAUGGAUCUUAUGACAAGUAGUCUGAUGGCAGCACAACAUCACGCUUUAAAAAAUGGAUUAAAUCCAUAUUUAGCAUACGCAAGAAUGAAGGCGCCAGGUAGCGAUUUAGGAAUAUGUAGAGAUCCCUAUUGCACUGGUUGUUCACUAAGUUCACAUUUGCUUAAAUCGGCAGUGUGUCCAGCCGGUUGCGCUCAAUGUGAUCAUGCGAAGACACCUUUUUCUUUACCUACUGGUCAUCCGGCAGCUGCGGCAUACGCUCACGCACAGCUCGCGGCUUUAGCUGCGGCAUCUCAACUACCAUUUGUAUGCAGCUGGAUGGCUGGCGACUCUGCAUAUUGUGGCAAGAGGUUUGCAACAUCAGAGGAACUGCUCCAACACCUAAGAUCUCAUACUGCAAGUGGCGAAUCAAGUCCAAGUUUAUCUAUGUUGAGUGCAACACAUCCUCUUCUUCAGAGGACGUACCCAACACCGCCACUAUCACCUCUCACGCCUCGGUUCCACCCGUACAGCAAGCCCUCUCAUUUGAUGUCAUCACCACCGCUGCCAUUCCCUCUGCCACCGCACCCAUCGCUGGCUGCGUACUUUCCAUCGUAUCCCUUAUUUGGGCCGCGGCCACUUCACCCU